AUGGCUCGUCAACAACGGAAAAAGACGCGUCUACACGGCGUAGCCGCACACUCAAAAGCUUCUUCUAGCCGACAAAAAGUACACAAAACAGAAGACGUAUCAUUGGGCGCCGCGGCUGUAGCUGCCACGUUUGGCGACGAGCCAGAAGAAGACGGUGCACCCGUGGACAAUGAAGCCGAUGAAGAUGGCGGUGAUAUGCAGAGUUUGAGUCGUGGGCAACGCAAGCGCCUGAAGCGGCGUGCUGCUUUUAUGCGCAAGAUGGGAAUGGUGUCACGCGUGACGCAGGAGCAGCAAAACCUGGUCAAGACGCAGACAAGCGGCGUGUUUGCUGGUCUGGAAGAGCUCCAGAGCUCACUGUUUGAGGCCGUUGACGAUAAAAAGAAGAGCAAAAGUUUGAGAAACAGGAAAAAGAAAGCGCUGAGUGGUCGUCAACGCCAGAAGCUGGCGGUGCGUGAGCUGGGCCAGCUCAAGGCCGUACAGACUCAUAAAGGUUUCAAGAGCGACCCAUUUGCGGCCAUUCAGGCCCAUCUGCAGAAUACCGUGGUGCAGGCCAAUCAAGAGUUGCUGCAGAAGACCAACGCUCUUAAAAAGAAAAGAGCGAAAGGUGCCACGCAUAUGGACGUUGAGGCUUAG